GUCUGUUUGUCUAAUUUUAGUGUUUCUUACAAGUUUACUAAAAGAAAGAAAAGAGAUGAGGUUUUGGUUCUCACGAGUCUUUCCUUAAUCAUUUCUUCUCUAUUUAUAUCCUCUUUCUGGUGGUUGUGAAAGAUAAAAAUAGAAAAACAGAAAAAAGAUGUCCUCAUCUUUGUCUUCUUAGGGUUUCAGAUCCUUUCCAUUUAUGUCUUAACCAAAAAUUUUCUUCCUUUAUUUUUCUUCUUCCAUUUUUCAGAUCUGAGACACCCAUUAAAAGGUUUUUGUCUUGUUUUAUUCCUGUUGUAUAAAUCAAUUCUUAUCUUCUCCAAAAAAAAACCUUUCUAUUUAUAGAAACUUAUCAUGGAUGCUAGUAUUUCUUGAAUAUUAUUUUGUAUUUUAAUCUGAAAAGUAAUUGAGACUCUCUAACAGUUUACAAUAUCUGCCAUUUUUUCUUUUUCCACCUGAGAUUUUUGAGAAGAAGUAGUAUUUAAAAGUAAGAAAAAAAGAUGGUGAGAGGAAAAACUGAGAUGAAAAGAAUUGAAAAUGCAACAAGUAGGCAAGUGACUUUCUCAAAAAGAAGAAGUGGAAUUCUUAAGAAAGCAUUUGAGCUUUCAGUUCUUUGUGAUGCAGAAGUUGCCCUUAUUGUUUUCUCUCCAAAAGGAAGGCUUUAUGAAUUUUCAAGUUCCAGUACUAACAAGACAAUAGAACGUUAUCAGAAGAAUGACAGGUAUCUUGGACCCAACAGAAAGAUAGCUGAAAUACAAACUACUGAGCAUUUGAAAGAGGAGGUUGCAACAAUGACUAGAAAGCUCGAGCUUCUUGAAGAUUCAAAAAGAAAGCUUUUAGGACAAGGUUUAGAUUCUUCUUCCUUUGAUGAACUUCAACAAGUAGAAGAACAAUUGGAACGAAGUUUAAGCUGCAUUAGGGCAAGAAAGAACCUAUUACUCAGGGAACAGAUUGCUCACCUAAAGGAAGAGGAAAAAAUCCUAAUGAAGCAAAAUGCAGACUUGAGAAAAAGGAUUGAGGUGGUACCGUUGCCUUUGAAAAUAGAUUCUCGAGAAGAGGAAGACCCUCAAAGACAAACAAUGGAACUAGAGACAGAGCUCUUUAUUGGACUUCCUCAAAGACAAAGCUCCCAUUAAAUUUUCUCAACUGUGAAAAUAAUUGUAUUAUUUCAAGCUUUUUACCACUGUAAAUAAUUUCUACAGUUUUAGUAAAAAAAUAAAUUACAGUAAAUAUGGUUAUCUUUUUCUUC